AUGGAUGUGACCACCAUCCUGACCAUGUUUAGAGAAAUGAUGGACGAACAGAGGAAUGUUAUGAACGAACAGAAGAAUUUUGUGUUCGACCCGGAUGCCGACAUGAUUUUCUCCAAAUGGUUUUCAAGAUACAAGGAUGUGUUUAACGAAGACGCAAAGCAGCUUUCUGAAAAUACCAAAGUCAGAUUGCUCUGCGAAAAAUUGGAUCCUAUAUCUUUCGAGAAGUACCAGAGACAUGUGCUGCCAAGAGAUGUGACGGAAAUCGGGUUCACCGAGACGGUGGACAUACUCAAGCAGCUGUUUGAUUUCAAGUCGUCAUUGUUCACCACGAGAUAUCAAUGUCUCAAGCUAGAGAAGAGCCAAUCAGAAGACUGUUCCCCACGUAUACGCGGUCCAGCUACACCUCGGACGGGGGUCAAAUGCCUUUCCUUGGAUAUUUCGCGGAUUGAACUCAGCAGCAGGAGGCAACAGAUCAGCAGCAGGCUUAUCACAAUACUGGAUAGAGACCACAAAGCAGGCAAAACGGUCUCACUGCAACAAUUGCAUCAGGAAGAGACAGUGAAGUUGUCGCCGGAAGCUAGAAACAGCAAGCCACGUCGUUCAGAAAAGCGAAAGGAAAUAGAAUGUUGGAACUGCGAAGGCAAACAUCGUGCUAGUGGAUGCCAGGCAAAACCGUGGUUCUGCAAGAAGUGCAGGAAGGUCGGUCACAAGGAAAGGUUUUGUGACACUUUACGACAAAAGAAGACUGCGAGUCGCACAGAGGCGACGCAGAAAACUCAGCAUACUAAAGAGAAGUUCUCGAGGAACAGAAACAACAGAGGUCCGAGAAAGCAAGUACGAAUCGUCAAGAUUGCAAAUGCAGCAGUUCAGGCAAACUCUUCCCGUGUGUACAUCGACGCUGUAGUGAACAACUACUCUGUCAAAUUCCUUCUCGAUACUGGAUCAGACAUCACGUUACUGAACGAGAAGAUUUGGAAAAGAUGGCUCUCCCCAGCAUUGGAAAAGACCAAUAUAGUCGUGAAAAAACGCAAUGAGAUUCCAUGA